AUGGGUUUUCUUGGCAUCUUGGAGACGGUAUCCACCGGCGUACCCGGGACUUUGAAGCUGGAUGAACGUCCUGCCAGCGACAUCUCCUUGGAAGAAACCAUUCAUCUGAAGCAUGGCAACGGGAAGUAUGCACACAUUGUCCUUGCACCGCAGCCCUCCGACGACUUCAACGAGCCUCUGAACUGGCACCCGCUGAAGAAGUUGACGGCGACAUUGAUCGUUGGCUUCGGAGCAUGUCUCUACGCAGCUGUAUAUGGACGACUGCUAGACGCCGGAAAUGUGCAGGUGGCUGCAGACCUUCAACGCCCUCUACAGGACAUCAUCAGAACAAGCGCCUGGCAACUGCUUAUUGCCGGUGCUCUCGGACCUUUUGUUUCGGCAGCUGCGCGAAAGUUCGGGAAACGCCCAGUGUUCAUCCUCUCGUCAAUCUUCGGACUCACAGGCUCGAUCGUUGGCGCAACAGCCACAAGUUUUGACGGCUUCCUCGCGGCAAGACUCAUUCAGGGUGUGUCCAUGACGGCCUACGAAUCCCUGAUCGCCUCGAUGCUUGGCGAUCUGUAUUUUGUGCAUGAGCGGGGAUUCUAUGUGGCCAUAGUCGGGUUCGUACUGGCUGUCGUAGCAAACCUGGCUCCAACUGUCUGUGGACCCAUCACAUACAAACUGGGCUGGAGGUACCUCUUCUACUUGUGCAUUGCAUUUAGCGCGUGCCAGCUGAUCCUCCUGGUUUUGUUCGUGCCGGAAACGCAAUACCACCGUUCUGGGAAUUCAUCAACUACGUCUUGCUCUGAUACAGACACAUCGGGGGAAGUGGUUACCGGGUCGGUUCAGAAGGACAAGGCAACCUCUAGUGAUUCGGAAGAGGGGCUCCAAGCGUCUGAGUGGUCUUCCCAAGACGCUCCCAAGAAUUCUUUCUGGCGCGGACUGGCCGUUUUCAAUGAGACCUAUUGCAAGGAAAACCUCGUCCAGCUCCUGGUGGGCCCGUUUGCGGUCUGCAUGAACCUCGCGGUCUUCUGGUCUGUCCUCGUGUCCGCCUUCUUGACGGCGACGUACGUCGUGCAGGGUGAGUAACGACUCCGUGUCUGGAGGAGUCUCAGUUGUGAUGCAACAUGGCUGAUAGCAUACAGCGUCGUUGAUGGCCCAGAUCUUUGCAGCUCCGCCGUACCUGCUGAACGCGGCGGGAAUCGGCUACCUCUUUCUCGGUCCGUUCAUUGGCGGAGUUCUCGGCUCGAUAGCUUUCGCCAUGCUCAUGGACCCAAUCGUCAGGUACUGCUCCAGGCGAAACGCGGGAAUCUAUGAGCCCGAGUACCGACUUCUGGGUCUCAUCGCUGGCGUACUGGUCGGCGGUGGUCUCCUAGGAUUCGGAAGGCUGGCCCAAGACGGGAAGAGCUACUACAUUACCGCCACGAUGCAAGCCUUGGCUAUGUUCGGCGAGGUGACGGCCAACGACAGCCUGUACGCCUACGCGCUGGACGCUUUCGGCGGCCUGAGUGACGAGAUCUUCGUGGUGAGCAUGGUGUUCAAGAACCUAGCCUUCUUCGGCUUUAGCUAUUUCGUCAGCUCGUGGACUGCUUCGGCCGGCCCAGCAGAGGUGUUCGAUGUGUUUGGAGGCAUCUCGUUGGGUGUCGUCGCGUCGGGCGCUGUGGUCUUUGUCUAUGGAAAGCGGUACCGUGCGUACUGGGCUGAGCACAAUCUUGUCGAGCUCUUCCAUGUCACAAAAUCCGCUGCAUGGUAA